UUACGUUUUACUUAUAGCUUUAACUGUCCAAUUAUUGAAUAAACAAACUAUAUUAAAUACACAUCAAAGACAUGUCGGGAACAAACGCGUAUAUGGUGGCCAACUUGUUGGAAAAGAUGAGUAAUGAAGACAGAGAUUUUCGUUACAUGGCCCUUAAUGAUCUCAUGAACGAACUUCAGAAGGAUUCCUUUCAUAUGGAUGCUCUGAUUGAAGGAAAAGUUGUUAAAGCAGUUUUGUUGCUCAUGGACGACAAGAAUGGUGAAGUCCAGAACUUGGCUGUUAAAUGUCUUGGUCCCUUAGUAAAGCAAAUUAAAGAAGAUAACUUGCUUCAAAUUAUUGACCGUCUCAGUGAAUUUGCUUCUCAACAAAAGAAUGACGAGUUACGUGGUAUUGCAAGUAUUGGCUUAAAGACCGUCAUCCUUGAAGUUGACACGAGCAAAGGAAAUCAAGUGUGUGCCCGCAUUAUUCCCAGAUUAUUAUCCACGAUUCAAAACACUGACGGCUCAUAUGAGAUGCAGAUGGAUACAUUGGAUAUUUUAUCAGAAGUCUUGGCUAGAUUCGGAAACCAGAUCUACCUCGAACAGCAAACAAAGAUCCAAGCUACACUUUUACCUUUACUUUCACAUAAUCGUGCUGCAAUUCGUAAAAGAACCACGUUUGCUAUUGGACAUCUGGUCGUUCACACUAAUGAUAAUUUGUUUGCCCAAUUGUAUGCCUACAUUGUAGAAGGUUUGCGUAGUAAUGCUGGGUCCAGUGAAAAACUUCGUACUUUUGUUCAAUGUGCCGGUGUAUUAAGUCGUUACAGCACUGCUCGUUUGGGUAAACAUCUUUCCGAAUUAGUGCCCAUUAUCUCUAGCUAUGCAUCUGAUACUGAGGACGAUGAUGAAUUGCGUGAGAUUUGUCUCCAAACUCUUGAAUCUUUUAUUCUCAGAUGUCCCGUCGAUAUUGCACCAUCCAUCCAAGACAUCAUUUCCCUUUCGUUGGACUUUAUUAAACACGAUCCUAACUUUGUUGAGGAUGAUGAAGAUGAAGACGAGGCCAUGGACGAAGACGAUGAAGAAGAGGACGAAUAUGAUGAUGUUGCUGAUUAUUCUGAUGAUGACGAUGAUAUGUCAUGGAAAGUACGUAGAUCAGCUUCCAAAGUAUUGUCUGCUAUUAUUGAAACACGAUCCGAUUUAUUACAACAAUUAUAUGAGUCCGUUGCUCCUGCUUUAAUUAGCAGAUUUAAAGAACGUGAGGAAUCAGUUCGUGCAGAUAUUUUACAGACAUUUAUCACUUUAUUGAGACAAACCAACGUUUAUGGUGGGAACAAUGAGGAGCAUGGGUUACGUAGAUUUAGUGUAUCAAUCUUUGAUGAGGAUUUAGAGGAUUUACCUUCAGCCUCUAUUCAGCAUUCUUCCGAAUCCACUGAUGGGCCUAGGCAAUUGCUUCGUGCCCAAGUACCUAAGUUAUGUCGUGCGUUGUCUAAACAAAUAGGAUCUAAGUCUACACAGACUCGUCAAAUUGGGUUCCACUUAUUGCGUGAACUUGUUGUCGUUCUUCAUGGAGGUCUCGCUGAUCAAAUUGACCUGUUUGUGCCAGUUAUUGAAGCAUCUCUUUCUAAUCCAGCAGCAGACCAACAACAAGUUGCUUCUUCUUCCAACUUAAAGAUCGAAAUCCUCUACUUUUUACGUCUUUUCUUUCGUUAUCAUAAUGCUCAAAGCAUUCAACCUUAUAUCUCUCGUCUUGCUCCUGCAGUUAUUAAGGCUGUUUCUGACAAAUUCUACAAAAUUUCUUCCGAAGCUUUCUUGGUCUGUAUUGAGCUUAUCAAGGCUAUCCGUCCUAUUUAUGUUGAUCCUAAAACCUCCGGUUACCAAAUUUCGACAAUCGCUAACGAGCAUAUUGUAUUUAUCAACGAAAUUUAUCAAAUCACAUUACAAGUACUAAAUACUAGCGAUGCCGAUCAAGAAGUGAAGGAAAGAUCUAUUAUGUGUCUCGGUACUCUUUUGACCCAAGUAAGCGAUGUGCUUCAAGAUAAACAAACUCAAGCUUAUGACGUUCUUUUGGAGAGAUUAAACAACGAAGUCACUCGUUUAAUCAGCGUCAAAACACUUACCAUUGUGUCCCAAAGUCCUGUUGCUGCUGGUGAUGCUCUUUUGAGAUGUGUUCUUGUCGCUGUCGAUGAACUUUCGCUCCUUCUUAGAAAAAGCAAUCGUCCUUUACGUAUUGCUAGUUUAGAGUGUUUAACUAUUUUGGUAAAUAGAUACGGAGAACAUAUUUCAGCCGCUAGUUUCUCACGUUUGUUAAGCGAAUUGAAACCUUUAAUUUCUGACACAGAUCUUCAUCUUCUACCUCUCGCUUUAAAGACAGUUCAAUCCAUUUUAUCUUUGAGUCCUGCUUCUAUCAAUGAAGUCAAGUUAUAUAUUACACCAUCCCUAUUCGAGUUGAUUCGAUCACCCUUACUUCAAGGUGCUGCUUUGGAUAGCUUAUUAAAUCUUUUUGCCGCAUUUGCUAAAGCCAGUCCUUCUGACUACCAAGCGUUAGUCAAGGGUUUAGUUGAUCCUCUUUUGGACGUCAACACAUCCGGUGUGUCCGCUGGUGGUGUAGCUGCCGUUGCCAAUAAGCAAGCUGCUUCUACCGUUGCUCAAAGUGUUGCUGUUUUAGCUGCUAACACAAGCAAGGAAAAUCGCGAUAAGACUAUCUUGGAAUUCCAAUCUUACAUCAAGAAGACUGAAACCAACGAUUCUAUUAAAUAUCUUAGUUUGUUAACUAUAGGUGAAAUAGGUCGUAGAAUUGAUUUGAGCAGCUUUGAUCACAUUGACGAGCAGAUCGUUGCUUUGUUUGCAGCUCAGUCGGAAGAAGUUAAAUUUGCCGCAGCCUUUUCUUUGGGAAAUAUUUGCGUUGGAAACAUUAACAGAUAUUUGCCUUCGAUCGUCUCACAAAUCAAAGAUCAGCCCAAAAAGCGUUAUUUAUUGUUCCAUGCUUUGAAAGAAAUCAUUACACGUUACGACAGUAAAAAAGAAACUACCAAUUCUUUAAGCAACGCAGCUGACGAAAUUUGGGCUCUUCUGAUUCGUAGUAGUGAAUCCGACCAAGAAGAAGGAACUCGUACUGUUGUUGCUGAGUGUCUUGGUAAACUUGCCUUGACUGAGUAUACCAAAUUCUUGCCUCAAUUGGAAGAACGUUUAGCUGCCUCAUCAGCAUACGUCAGAGCUACAGUUGCUACUGCUAUCAAGUAUGCUGUAGUCGAUCCAUCUCAGGCCUAUGAUGAUUUGUUAAAAAAGAUUAUGACCAAGUUCCUAUCUCUCCUGCAAGAUACAGAUCUGAAUGUUCGCCGUUUAGCGUUAUUGACAAUAAACUCAGCUGUUCAUCGUAAGCCAUACUUGAUCCGUGAUGUUCUUCCUCAACUUAUUCCUUUGUUAUAUGAGGAAACCGUUGUUAAGGAAGAACUCAUUCAUACCGUUGAAAUGGGUCCUUUCAAACACAAAGUCGAUGAUGGUCUUGAAAUUAGAAAGGCUGCAUAUGAGUGUAUGUAUACUUUGUUAAAUUCAUGUUUGGACAAGAUUGAUGUUUAUGGUUUCCUUGAUCAUGUCCGAGUUGGAUUAGAUGAUCAACAUGAUAUUAAAAUGUUGGCGUAUUUGAUGCUUAUCCGCUUAGGCAAGGUCGCUCCCACCGCCGUUACCCAAAGAUUAGAUGAUCUUGUUGCUCCUUUAAAGGCGACCCUUGACGUUAAGAUGAGAAGCAACGCUGUGAAGCAAGAAGUUGAAAAGAAUCAAGAAUUGAUUCGUGCAGCCCUUCGUUGUAUUAUCUCAUUGAAUAACCUUUCUGAACCUAGCGUCUCGCCAAAAUUCGAAAAUUUUGUUUACGAAGUCAAAAAUGGACCACUUGCCGAAGAAUAUAAAUUAGCUGUGGUUGAGGCAGAAAGUCGAGAGAACAGAUCCGCUGACUAUAUGGAUCUUUCAUAAUUUAGCUAAAUUUACAUACAUGAAAUAAAAUUAUAUCGGUUUACUAAAAUGCUCCCG